AUGCCCCACAAUGAAGUUGCCAAUCGUCCCUCGUACAAGACCUACACACAAGCGGAUUGGGAGGUGGACAUCUCGCUGGCGAGCUUCCAUGGCUUCGAUGGUUUUGCGUUGAACGUUGGCAGUGAAGAUUGGCAACUCGAUCGCGUGGCGGAUUGUUAUGCCACUGCUGAGAAACUCAUGCAGCCCGACCGCGAGGCCUUCAAGCUAUUCUUCAGCUUUGACAUGGCAUCCAUUCCAGGGCACACCGCUGACGACGUCGAGCUUCUGCGGAAGUACGUGAAGAGAUUUGCAAGUCAUGCCUGCCAAAUGAAAUAUAAAGGCAAGGUAUUGAUUUCUACGUUUGCUGGGGAUCAAUGCAGGUUCGGACACGAUACCAUGGCAGAGGGUUGGAGUUAUGUUCUCUCCGUCCUCAAACAGAUCACCCCCAUCCAUUUCGUCCCCGCCUUCUUCAUCGACCCCGCCACAUAUCACAGUCUCUCGAAGCUCGACGGAAUAUUCCAUUGGAAUGGCUCAUGGCCCUUACACCUAUCGCCUCGUUCUCCUCCGUCGGAUAUUCAUUGCCCUAAGCUAGAUAGCGACGACUAUCACCUCGCUAACCUUGGCGAUCGAACUUAUAUGGCCGCUCUCUCACCAUGGUUCUUCACACAUUAUGGAGAAGACUCGUGGACCAAGAACUGGAUCUAUCAUUCUGACGAUUGGCUACUAGUUCGCCGUUGGGAGUACAUUUUGAGCCGCCGUUCGCAGAUCGACAUUGUCCAACUUCUGUCCUGGAACGAUUACGGCGAAUCGCACUACAUGGGGCCCAUCCACGGUUCUCAACCAAACAGUCAAGCCUGGGUCGACGGGUUCCCUCAUACCGCAUGGCUAACGCUCAACAAGCACUUCAUUGAUGCAUUCAAGGAUUCGCAGCGAGGCAGAGGUAACAUGCCUCAGGUAACUGAAGACAAGAUCUGGGUGUGGGGCAGGCCCCACAAGAGAGAUUCCGACGCAAGAACAGACACUGUUGGCAGGCCUGCAGGCUGGGAACUCACGAAGGAUAUGUUCUGGGUUGUCAUUCUUGCGAAGGCCCCAUCGGAUGUCGCCCUAUGGUCAUUAUCAGAUUCAAGAGGACCACAUUGGGUAAAAGUGAGGCAGGGAGUGUCGAAAUUAUCGUGUCCUCUAGUAGUCGGUGGGGGCAUACAUGCAAGAAUGGAUCGUGACGAGGAGCAAGUGGCAGAGAUUCACACCACAGACUCGGACUUUUGCUUCACGGAUCGACCGAACGUAUACAACUUCAACGUAUUUGUAGCCGAAUCGACGUAG